AUGGCUUUCGGAUACCCCGCGUCAGGUACGUGCGUGGGCGCCUAUGACAAAAGCUACUACGUGAUUGCCAGUCUGAACCAGAACGGCUCGGCAUCUCUCAAGUAUUUCAACGAGCGUUCGUGUUCAUCUCGCGACUUGUACAAGACUGAUUUCGCGAACAAGACUACACUUGAACAGCAUUUGUGCGACGCUAAAGCGUAUUCGUGGUACAGCAGCAAAGACGUGGAGAGCUCUAGCGGUAGCAAGCAGGCAUCAGCGACUGACCCUGACCCUGGCAAGGGCAAAGGCCCCCACGAAGGUGGACUUAGUACCGCAGGCAUUAUCGUCAUCGUGUUAGGUCUUUUAGCGUUUGUGGCGAUGAUUGUAGCCGCGACCCUUUUCGUCUACAAACGCAGGAUUAAUGCUCAGGCUCUAAAGGACACGAAAGCCACAGCUAUCGACUCCGACAGAAGCAGUGUCGCCUUGUUGGAAACACCCGGAACCGGACAAACAGGCCUUGGUCGCAGUGUUUUAGGGAAAACCGGGCUCUGGGACGACGACGUUAUCACUGCCAAGCGAAUUCCCCGUGACAAGGUGCAGACGCAGAAACUCAUCAGUCGAGGCGCCUUUGGAGAAGUGUACGCAGGUAUCUUUAACGGACAACAAGUAGCCGUCAAGGUGCUGCUAUCGAGCACACGUACGAACAUCAAGCACGUGAACGAGUUUCUCGCAGAAUCCAAAAUGAACGCCACGAUGGAUCACCCACAUAUCGUGGCUUUCGUCGGUGUGGCCUGGGACUCGCUCUCCGAUCUCUGCGUCGUGCUUGAAUACAUGCACGGCGGUGAACUACGCUCGUUGCUCGACCAGUAUCUGAAGUCGAAGCUCCCGGUUGGGUUCAACAAGCAGAAAGCCACCUCUGCGCUUCAAAUCUGCCACGCCUUGACGUAUCUCCAUUCGUUGGACCCACCGGUGAUCCACCGAGACCUCAAGUCCCGAAACAUUCUGUUCAGCAGCGACAUGGAGGCGAAACUCUCGGACUUUGGCAUCUCACGAGAAAGACUCGACCAGACAAUGACUGCAGGCGUGGGGACAUCGCUGUGGAUGGCGCCUGAGGUGAUGAUGGGCGAGCGAUACGAUGACAAGGCCGACAUGUUCUCGUUCGGUGUGGUGCUGUCAGAGCUGGAUGUCCAUACGAUGCCGUAUGCGCACGCGAAGAAGGAGACGCUUGAGUCCAGUGGGCGUGCCAUGGUGGACUCGGUACUUCUCCAGAAGGUGGCGUUGGGAACAAUCCAAGCAGAGUUUUCAGAGGCGACUCCCGAGGCGAUUGUGGAACUUGCUCGAGCUUGUCUGGACGUGGAUCCGAUGAAGCGUCCGAAUGCAGCCGAGGCGCUGUACAAGCUUCAUGUGGUCUGCAAGCAGUUGUCUUGA